AAGAGUUCAUAACUGGAGUCACACAUCUGUUUGCUAAAACACGAUUCAGAGCUGAUAUAAUAUGAAUGUGUUCUGUGAGCUGUUGAAGAAAAUGUCUGCUGUAAUAUUCUUCUGUUUGUGGAGUCUGUCUGGUGUGUUUUGUGAGUUUGUGUCAGUGACUGAAGGAGAUUCUGUUACUCUGUCUGUAAAUCUCACUGAAAAACAGAUGGAGAACGAAAUCUCCUGGAAGUUUGGACAUCAAGACAUUACAAUAGCAGAAACAGAAAAAAAGGGCAAGUUCCCCCGUUUAUAUGAAGAUAGAGCUGAUGGAAGAUUCAGAGACAGACUGAAGCUGGAUCAAACUGGAUCUCUCACCAUCAACAACAUCAGAACGGAUCACUCUGGACUUUAUAAAAUCAUCACCACAAAGUCUGAAACACAACUCAAUUUAUUCAACAUUACUGUCUAUGCUCGUCUUCCUGUUCCUGUCAUCACCAGAGUCUCUCCACAAAACUCUUCAUCAUCUUCAGUGUCAAAUUGUUCUGUUUUGUGUUCCGUGAUGAAUGUGGCACAUGUGAGUCUCUCCUGGUACAAAGGAAACAGUUUAUUGUCCAGCACCAGUGUGUCUGAACACAGUAACAUCAGCAUCUCUCAUCAUCUGGAGUGUCUGGAUGAUUCUUACACAUGUGUAGUGAACAAUUCCAUCACAAACCAGACUCAACAUCUCAACACUGAUGUCUGUCACAAGUGUUCAGAACCUUCACCUUUCACCUCCAAUCAUCUAGUCAUCAUCUGUUGUGCUGCUGCUGGAUCUCUGAUCAUUGUAACUGCACUUCUGAUCUUCUGCAUCUGUAGAAAACACACAAACACAACCCAAGAUGGUCAAGCUCGUGAAGAGAUCACUUAUGCAGAUCCGACCUUCCGCAAACGAAAUGCACCCAAAGCGGUAAGAUCAUAA